GCCGCUGCUGCAGGUGCGAGUGCACCUGUGCGCCACCGACUCCAACGAGACGAUCCGCGUCGAGACGAAGCCCGCGCGCCGAGUCCUGCUGCAAGAACCGGCGCCCGAUUUCUGAGUGCGCGUUGGUGCGUGCGUGUGUCAGUGAGUGAGUGAACAAGUGCUACACUUGUGCAGCCAGCGUGUCGCCAGUGCGUUUCCGUCGCCGUGAAAAUGUGCAGUGCUCCUUCGAGACAAGUUUAGUGUGUGCGUGCAUCCACUUGGCUGGUCCACUUGCACGUGGCCUGGUGCAGUGCGCCGCGACGGUGGCGGACCAAGGAUUUUAAACCUAAACGGAUACCACUCAUUCAGGAUGAAGACCGCCGUCUUCGUGGCCACAGCCGUGCUAGUGCUCGCGUGCGAAUACGCCUGCGCAACGUGCGUCUUCAACUCGGAGUUCGGAUUCACCAUCGACUGCGCCUUCAAGAAGUCCGGCCUGUUCCGAGUGAGGAACCUCGGCGGAGUCAAAGGCUUCGCGUCCUUGGGCUUCAGCGUGGGCGACGAGCUGGGAUUCAAAGAGUCUCUCUCCAACGUGGAGAACAACCGCAGACGGUCCGUGGGUCGGACGGAUGCCCUUCUGGCCAAGAAGGAUGACGCGGUGACGAGGCUGCUGCCCGCGCAGCCCAACGCGGUGGCGCGGCAGGCGCUGGACGUGCUCAAGCAGUCGCGGCUGCAGGAGCAGCAGCAGCAGCAGCAGCAGAGGGUAGCGCAGGCCCGUUACCUGCAGCAGGCCGUGCCCCCGUUCAGGCCGAUCCCCGGCGCGGAAGGCGGCGCGCCGCUGGUGGGCGUGGCGGUCAUGGCCGGGCCGCAGAUGUACGCGGCGCCGGCGGGGCCGGGCGGGCUGGGCUACUCCAACCUGGCCGCGGCGUCGCGCUGGAACACGACGCGGCCGCUGCGCCUGGCCGCCGUGCCCGCCGUGCCGCCCUUCCAGGUGCUGCCGUCCUCCAUCUCCAGGGUGGCCACCGUGGGCCCCCAGGUCGGCGCCAUGCCGCCGGCCCUGCCCUCCGUGUCCGGCGCCACCGUCAUGGCGGUCCCCGUGCGCGCGCCCACCGCCUUCAAGAACGCCUUGCAGGUGGCGACCUCCAACUUCCAGAUGCCGGCCCCGGCCGCCGCCGCCGCGCCCACGUCGCUGCGCACGCUGCCGCUGCUCAUGGGGCACUCCGUGGCCGCGCUGUCCAAGGCGUCCAACAUCAGCGAGGAGGCCAUCCUGGCCGCGCUUCAGGCCCGGCAGCAGCAGAUCCUGGAGCAGCAGCAGCACGCCCUCAGCACCGUCGGCGUGCUUCCCACCACCCCCGCGACGACCACCACGACCACGACCACCACGACGACCACCACCACCACGCCGCCGCCACCUCCGCCAAAGCCGGCCAACGUGCUGCAGAAGUACCCGCUGGCGGAGGCCGCCAAAGUGAUGAACGCCCCGAAGGAGUACUACCCCGUCGGCUACGACAAGAACUUCGACGACAACUUCGUGUCGCGAGUGGAGCUGCCGGAGACGUCCUUCCACUGCGGCGACCAGAAGCACUUCCCCGGGCUGUACGCCGACGAGGACCUCGGCUGCAUGGUGUUCCACGUGUGCGCGCUCACGGACGAGGGCCUCAUCAUGAAGAGCUUCCUGUGCCCCGAGUCGACGCUGUUCGACCAGACGGUGCUCAAGUGCAACUGGUGGUUCUACGUGGACUGCAAGGCGUCGCGGCGCCUGUACGACUCCAACAUCCCCGUGUCCAAGAGCUACCAGCUCAUGAAGGCGCUGGCCUUCUUCUCGUCGUACAAGAAGCAGCAGGAGGAGGAGCAAGGGCAGCAGGGCGAGGAGGUGACGCGCGGCCGCGCUCUGCAGCCACGAGCCCCGCCAGCCGCGCCAGCCAACAGGACAGCCUCGGCAUCGUCGACGACCACGUCGACCAGAAGACGGACGACGUCGGUGCCCACCACCCCGAGGACCACGACGACCACGACGGAGAGCAGUACGAGCUCGGUCGAGGAAGACCUGGGCAGCGGCGAAGGCAGCGGCGACGCCAGAUAGAGGCGGGGUGACCGAUCGGGACCGCCGCCUGGCUGCGCCCGGCCCUGGCCUGGCCCCACCGCACGCGGCGCGGCGCGCACGCCCCCACCGACCUCCCCCGGCUGUCUGCAGCUUCGGCAGCUCCAGAGCGUGACGUGACGCUGAGCGUCCAGAAGGCCCUCAAGCUGAAGCUGCGCGACACUCCGCGGGGCGCGCCGCGAAAAGGAAACAGCCUCGUCUGACAGCGAGUCUUCGCAAUCGACUUCCGUCCACCGGUGAGACCGACUUGCGAAGUUCGGGUCGUCCCUUACACAUGAAUUGACGGUUUGUGCGGUGUGCUGAACGGAACUCUCUAGGCCGGUUUCCUUUUAUUGGGUUUGCGGGCGCGGGCGAGGGCCCCGUCCGGUCUCGCCGGCGCCAAACUACUUAGUCAAACAGUGCUGCUUCCCCACUGCCACUGCCCCGUGGGAAAAGGACCGGACGGGAUGCAAUUCAUUUCGAUUUAAUUUAUCAUCAAGUAGGAGCAUUGUUGUUACAGCCCUGUGCCAAUGAAAAGGCGCUACGGCGCGUCAGUUCUCUCUCUCUUUCCUACCAUUUCAGAAAGUUUAGUGCGCUAAAUUUGAUACGUUAAAUUAAGUUUGCCACGGGAGAAGCUAGGGAGAGAUUUCAUUAACUGAUUUAAAGUCUAUUUAUUUCUAGGGACCAGGAAACACACAAUUGCCUGUGGUAGGUUCCUGAGUUGCAUAAAAAGCUGGAAGAAGGAACAGGAACAAACCCUGUGAUUAGAUGAAGUCGGGAGACAUUUUGGAAAUUAUAAUAAUUUAGUUUGAUGUGUGUGAUAUUUCUACCACUCUAUUUUCUUAUUUGCUCAUAAAUGUCUCUUUUUGUAUAGCUUAGUGUGAGAUACUAUUAACUUAUGAGGUAUUUAAUUAAGGAAUUGAUAAAGAAGAAAUAAAGAGAUUAUCCAGAUUCUUC